CGAUGAAGGUGCUGUACACGGUCACGCAAGCAUUCACGCUCAGAGAUCGACCGUCGCACGUCUUCCGUGAAAGCGAUAAAAAAACUGCAAGAGAAAAAGCAAUGAGGAGAGGCGAUACCGCUGCGGAGAACAACGCGAACCGAAUGCGCAUCUUCUCUGUUUGCCACGUUUACCCUUGAUGAAGAACGUCCGUGGUUUUCGAGAUCCUCUUGGCGUUUCUGACACUUAUUUUAGCCCACAGAAAGCUCAGACAAACGAGUUCGCUGCGUGAAGUGGUCCGGCGACGCACGCCCUUGUCCAGAAUUCGGGUGGCACUUGGAAAUUUCAGCGCAUUCUGCUUUACAGAAAAGUGCCUUCUGUGGCCCUCUCGCCAAGCGCAAUUAGCAUAUCAAACUCCGUGAGUUCGAAAUGUGAGUGGUUGUUCUGUCCGUUUCCCAAGUGCCAAUUUCCAAUGGAGACAGACACACUUCAACAUCUGUACCCACUUUUGACCCAGCCUAAGUGAAAGGCAGAAGCAUCCGAAUGAGAAGGCAAGCUACCAAAGUUUAUGGCCAACGGAUUGCGGAACAAAAGCAACAAAACCACCUUCGGAGCAGCUCGCUAUUUAGUGUGAGUGCGUCAUUUCAGUCCCUGAGUUCUGUUCAACUCCUCUACGUGUGCGCUUCUGCCACAGAUGUGUGAAGCGUGCACUCUGCUUGCAUCGUGGACACAGAAAACAGCGGUCGGAAUUUUUCCCGAGCAACUGAUGUACACGAUCCCUAAACUGUGUUGUUCGUCUGGCGUCCGUGAAACAGUUCCGUUCAUUCUUUCGACACACCUACGGCUGUCUCAGGAGAGAAACUAGAAUUCAACGUUUUGCCAAGACAGGUCCCAGAUUACCUUGACUCUCCUUGUUGUACGAAUGCAUGGCGUUCAGUUGAAUCUGCUUUUAGAGCACAUCCACAAACACCAAUUAUAUGUCCGAAAAAGACUCAGAAUUUUCCAGAGUGACCGUGACACCAUGCUAACACCACAAAACCCGGGGCCGGCAACCCACGACCACCGGUAGGAUACUGAAAUCCAUCACUUUUAGCCGUCUUACGCAUUCCAGUGGAGUGGUGGUAUACAGAAACCAUAUAUACCUUAGUAUUAGUCGGUUCUCCAACGAGGGAAACCGUCGUGGAAAGAACCCUCAACAGUGCGGGUAAAAGAUGAGGCGCUGUUUCCAGCUUCGGGACGAAAGGACUCUGCUCACAUCGUCCCUCAGGCUGUGUUGACUGUCGGCUUUAUGCUGGAACUGCAUGUUGCCAGGUUGAGGCCGUCGGGGAGGCUGAACGUGGAAAAGUCUACCUUUUGUUGUGGAGUCUGGCUCUACAUGCACAUGCAUUCGAUAAAACGGGGAGAUGAACUAGUUAAGUAGGGCAGCGGAAAGAGGCAGAAAACGCGAACUUAUGUGAAUAGGCUGCAUGAGACUUCCAGUGUGUGUUACGCCUGAAGCCAAGCGUGCGAAAAAGGGAGUUGCAGAGUUUUCCACGGAAGAGUGUACUGAGAGUCCUUCCUUAGACCACAACAGUGUCUUUUAUCUUCAUAUGAUUGCAACGAAGAGCCAUCACAAUUUGGAGUCGGCCCAGACAGAAUCUCAACACUAGUUCGAGUCACCGGAGUUAGAGAAACCCGGUUGAAAACCGUGGGACUUUAGCUUCAUGGACUUCCAAACAGAUAUGUGUGUGUGUGUGCCUCCUUGAGUCAGCGCGGGAAGUCCCAGUCCUCGACGCUGGCGGAGAAAACAUGACCGCGGUAGAUAGCGUGCAGACGCGCCAAAGUGGUUCCUUUCCCAGUUGCUUUCUCUUGUUAGCAAAACGACUCGAAUGCCAUCGGCAAAACCCCGGAACGGUAUAAAUGGAGCAAGUCGCAGGCACGUUUGCUUUUUCUCCGCGUCACACACAGCGCGAAUGCGCGCGUGUGUUCUUGAGGCCAGUCGCACACGCAGCGAAACUUUUCGCGCCUCCCAAGAUUCCGUUCGCGUCAAAAAACUCCUCAGCCUGCGUCGCGACUCUUCAGUUUCUCGUCUUUUUUGCCUCGCCCACAUCUUUUUCCGCGAUACAGACCUGCUUCUCUCCAGAGUCUACCCUGCUAAUUGAACUCGCCAAAUACUGGUGCUCCAUUUUCUGUCGCGUUCUCGCCACGAUGGCCAAGAAGGUAGCGCUCGUCACCGGAGGAAACAAAGGCAUUGGCUUCGGUGUGACAAGGAAACUGUGCGAAAGGCUUCCGAAGGACAGCUGGGUAGUCCUCCUUGGCACCCGCGACGUCUCCAAUGGAGAGCGAGCUCUGACGAACCUGAAGGAGUGUGGACUCCCCAUGCUGCCUGUCGUACACCAGCUCGACAUCACAGAUUCCACAAGCUGCAAACAGAUGAAGGAUUUCAUUCAUCAGAAAUAUGGAGGCCUCGACCUCCUCGUUAACAACUCAGGCUUUGCGUUCAAAAGGAACGCGACAGAGUCCAAGUACGAACAGGCGAAACACACGAUUGGCGUCAACUACUUCGGGACGAAACAGAUCACCGAAACUGUUCUCCCCAUCAUGCGGGACGGCGCGCGUAUCAUCUCCGUCGCCUCCAUGUGCGGCAAAAUGGGCUUGGAGCACAUGAGUGAGGAACAUCGUCGAGCAAUUCUCUCUCCAGAUCUCUCUUUCGAGAAACUGGACGACAUGAUGAAGCAGUACAUCGAGGCUGCGAAGACUGAUGAGCUCACGAAGCUCGGCUGGCCGGAAAGCACCUACGAAAUGUCCAAGGCUGGAGUCAUCGCAGCCACCGAACUGUGGGCGCAAGCUGCCGACAAGAACGCCCUCACGCCGCAGGGAACGAAGGGAAUGUUCGUUGCAUGCUGCUGUCCAGGGUGGUGCAGAACCGACAUGGCGGGAUACGAGCACCCGCCGCUGAGCGCAGACGAAGGCGCUGAGAGAGUCGUGGACUUGUGUCUGGCGGGCGGCGACGAGGAGCAGGGACAGUUCUUGAUGGAGAAGAAAGUGGUGCCUCUGUCCUUUCCGCAGAAGUUCUCCGGCAAGACGGUCCCCUGCCAGCAGUGGCUGUCGACGCCGGUGGCCUGACAGCGUCUGUUGGUGAGAGAAGGGAGACAGAAAUGGCGAGGAAAGGCGCAAGGGAUGAGAGCGACGGGGGAUUCAGCAGAGUCUUCGCUGCUUCCAGAGCGACAGGCGGCAAGUUGCGCAGGAGAGAAGAACUUUUACAAAGGGGGACGCGCCGCGUGCAUGCAGGACUGUUUCUACAAAGGCUUUGUGCCGAGAUGCUCUCUCACAGGCUUUGGCCGAAAGCGACACGAGGCGACGAAGAGGACGAGGCAAGAGGAGAACGAGGGUGGAAAACGAAAACUGAAGACAAACGAACAGAAUUGAAGCCGCGGGUCUGGGGACAGGACGCCCGAUGAGGUCAGCUGCCUCGUGCGUCUGCGAGAAGGCUCUGUCCGGGAAAAAACGAGGCGACGCAGCAGAAUGUGAAAGACACUGGAAACUGAGAGGAGCGGAGGACGCUGACUGCGGGCGUCACUACACUCCGGGGUGGUUUGAGCGUGAAUGGGCAGCUGUCACCCAGAAGUCGAUGGUCCUCAACAGACACACUCUUCUACAUAGGUGUCUAUAAAUGUCUCUUUCACAUAUAACUAUAUAUACGUAUAUAUAGUAUAUAUAUGUAUGUAUAUGUGUUGAUGUAAUUGGGUACGGUAUUUAUGCAUGCCAGCUGCGGAUAUAUCUAUGCCAGUAUGCGUUGUAUAUUUGUUAUUUGAUUUUGUAUGUACGUGGCACGGAGUCGGUGACAGGUGAGUCUGUGUGGUGACUAAGCACACGGACCUGGAGAGGAAAUCGAAGAAACUCUUUCCUUUGCAGUCUUCGCCGUCUUUGAGGCGAGAGCGGGUGCGUUCUGCGAAGAAAUGGACCUUCCAUAUCCGAACGUAUGUUCACAGACAAAUGUGGGCCGGCCUCAAAGGCUCUCUCCUUGUCCCCCGGAGAGUUGUCAGUGGCAGAGCAGACUGUGUUUCUGUUGAAACGAUUUGAAAUCUC